AUGCCAUUCUAUGAUAUCCAGCAUGGUGUCUCCUUCACGAACGAGCUGCGCGACGGAAUCGCACCGGCCAUUGGAGAGGGGCCCAUCUACCAGGACCUUUACGACGAUGAUUCUCUUCGUCCACGUUCAAUUCACCGACUUCAAGAUGCGCUAAAAUUAUCAGAAGCAUAUGGAUAUUGA